AUGCACACAUGGCGGCGGACCUUCGCCACGUCUGUCGCCAGAUUCGGUCCUAGCUCUACACCCUAUCCUCGAUCCGUUACUCUGCGAUGCGCGCAGAUCCUCCAGGCUAGCAAAGCGGAUGGACCAUGCAGCUUAGAAGACAAAGAGGUCAAGGUCAAUGGGUUCAUCCGGUCGGUUCGGAAGCAGAAGCGCUUUGCUUUUGCAGAGAUUUCGGACGGCUCUACUGCUGAGCCAUUGCAGGCGAUCCUGAAGCCUGCCCAGGCAGCUGAUCUGUCGACAGGCACUGCAGUAGAAAUAUCCGGCAUUUGGAAAGCUUGCCCACCUGGAAAGGAGCAGACUCAUGAGCUUCAGACAACCAAGGUGACUGUGGUAGGCACGGCGGACCCGGAGACAUUUCCGAUACAAAAGAAAUACCAUAGUCCCGACUUCCUACGCCAGAUCCCUCAUCUCCGCAUUCGAACUCCCUUCCAGUCCCUGCUCGCGCGCUUCCGGUCCGAAUGCCUGUUCCAGCUGGGCAACGUCUUUCACUCCCGCCCCGAGGGUGGCUUCACGCAAGUCCAGCCCCCGAUAAUCACAUCAUCAGAUUGCGAAGGAGCGGGCGAAACGUUCACUUUGCUUCCGCGGGGUGCCACGGCGCUGUCGACCACCGAGGCCGACCAUUUCUUCCGGGCGCCCAAGUACCUUACCGUGUCAUCGCAAUUACACCUCGAGGCCUACGCUGCUGAGCUUGGUAACGUUUGGACGUUGACGCCCGUUUUUAGGGCAGAGAAGAGCGAUACACCUCGUCAUCUCAGCGAGUUUUAUAUGCUCGAGGCCGAGGCCAACUUCAUGUACAAUCUGGACUCCCUCACGAACCUGGUCGAAGACCUUCUUCGUGACCUGACCCGUCGACUGUAUAAUACUCCUGUUGGCAAGGAAAUAUUAUCAGCUAAGCGGACUGCAGAGUCCGGACAAGAAAGCAGCACUGAGGAGCCGAAGUCGGCUCUGCUGGAUAGGUGGACAGCGCUGAUGGAUGGACCCCGAUGGCAUCGCAUUACAUAUACUCAGGCGGUGGAGAUGCUUCAGCGAGCGGUCGCAGAGAAUGGUGCCUCGUUUGAGCACCCCCCACAUGGAACGACUGAGCACGAAAAGUACAUUGUCGAGGUAUUACACCAGGGCAACCCGGUGUUUGUCACGGACUACCCUAAGGCCGUCAAACCGUUCUACAUGGCUCCUUCGCAGGUCGGCGAGGGCAGCACUUCGAGUGAGACAGUUGCCUGCUUCGAUCUGCUUCUUCCCGAGGUCAGCGAAGUCGCCGGCGGCUCCUUGCGUGAACACCGCUUGCCCAAUAUCAUUCAGAACAUGCGUGACCAUGGCCUGAUCAAACCCCGCAUGACCACUGAGACCGAUGCACCGGCUUCAAACGAGCCAUCCUACCCACAUCUCUCACCAGACGAGGAUCUCGGGCAUUUGCAAUGGUACGCCGACCUCCGACGCUGGGGCUCCGCUCCGCAUGGAGGGUUUGGGCUUGGCUUUGACCGAUUCCUGGGUUACUUGUCUGGCGUUUCCAGCGUUCGGGAUGUUGUGUCAUUCCCGCGGUAUUUUGGUCGGGCUGAUUGCUGA